AUGGUGGGAUUCGAAGUUGGAUCGGUGCCGUUUAACUCGGAUGGAUGGGGUCCGCCGGCAUCAUUUUCUUCUACACUUUCUGUACCCAAUCAUCCCUCCAAUGUGCCAUUUGCCCCUUUCUCCCGCUCCGAGAAGCUAGGUCGUAUAGCCGACUGGACGCGUUCACUCAUGAACCAGGGACGACCGGGGUCCAAGCAAGGCCACCACGCAUCUGAUUCUGCUUUUGAUUUUUCUGGAGAUGACUCAUUUGCUAGUCUCGCAGCCGAUGAGGACUCAUCCUUCCGCCUUGUUGACACCUCUGCCAAGUCCCAGCACCACAACAAUCAUAACCGCCCGAAGUUUAAUCCUCGGUGGCGCUUUAACCCCCACCACCAGCGAUCCCAGCUGCCUCAGCGCCGUGACGAGGAAGUCGAAUCUAAAAAGAGGGAGGCUGAGAAGGACCGUGCUCGUAGGGACCGUCUGUACCAUCUUAACCGCUCCCAGAUGCCUCAGCGCCGUGAGUCCGCUGUGUUUAAAUCGUCUGUUGACAUUCAGCCGGAUUGGAAUAUGCUGGACCAGAUUCCGUUCUCUACUUUCUCCAAAUUGUCUUUCUCUGUCCCUGAGCCUGAAGAUUUAUUGAUCUGCGGUGGGCUGGAGUUUUACGACAGGGCUUAUGAUCGGAUUACCCCGAAAAACUGCCGACCAUUGGAACGUUUCAAAAACCGAAACUUCUUCAAAGUUACCACAACUGAUGACCCUGUCAUUCGCCAGUUGGCUAAUGAGGAUAAAGCUACUGUUUUUGCAACUGAUACUAUCUUAUCGACCCUAAUGUGCGCCCCCAGGUCUGUCUAUUCUUGGGAUAUUGUGAUCCAGCGGGUUGGGAAUAAAUUGUUCUUUGAUAAGCGUGAUGGGUCACAGUUGGAUUUGCUUUCAGUACACGAGACCUCACAAGAGCCCUUGCCUGAUGUGAAAGAUGAUAUUAAUUCAGCUUACUCAUUGAGUGUCGAGGCAGCAUAUAUUAAUCAAAAUUUUUCACAGCAGGCUUUGAUUAGGGAUGGGAAUAAGGUUGCUUUUGAGGAGCCCAAUCCAUUUGCCAAUGAAGGGGAAGAAGUGGCAUCGGUUGCUUAUAGGUAUAGGAGGUGGAAACUGGACGAUGAUAUGCAUUUGGUUUCACGUUGUGAAGUGCAGAGUGUGAUGGAGGUGAAUAAACAAAAGUCGUUUUUGACCCUUAAUGCACUGAACGAGUUUGAUUCCAAGUAUUCUGGUGUGGACUGGAGACAGAAGCUGGAGACACAACGAGGUGCAGUGUUGGCGACUGAGUUGAAGAAUAAUGCGAAUAAGUUGGCAAAAUGGACUGCACAAGCUCUUUUGGGUGGUGCGGAUAUGAUGAAAUUGGGUUACGUUUCAAGGGUUCACCCAAGGGAUCAUUUUAACCACAUAAUUUUGGCAGUUGUGGGGUACAAGCCAAGAGAUUUUGCUACACAGAUUAAUUUGAACACUUCAAACAUGUGGGGUAUUGUGAAGAGUAUCGUGGACUUGUGCAUGAAGUUGAAUGAGGGUAAAUAUGUUCUUGUAAAAGAUCCUUCAAAGCCACAGGUGAGAAUUUAUGAGGUUCCACCGGAUGCAUUUGAGAAUGAUUAUGUUGAGGAACCCCUGCCGGAGGAGGAACAGGCUCAGCCGCCUGCUGAGGAUGCUGAUGUUGCCGAGGCAAGUACUACACCAAAAGAUGUAGAAGAGAAGGAGAUUAGCAAUGAAGCUGCUUAA